CCUGGAACCCGACGCCGAUGCGCUGGAUGUUUCGCACGAGUACUACUUCCAGCAUGCAACCAAACCGCAGUACAUAGGAGCGGAUAGUAAAGAUGCAGUGUACCUCUACAGGCACCAAGGAGGACAACCGGCUGUGAAAACCGAAAAUAAAGAUGGACUCAUGACCUUUAAAUAUGAUGUUUCUGAAUUGCAGACUUUCAGUUGCGCAAAUGGCGAUACUUACCAGGCAAAAGAACAGUUCAACGACGACUUCUGUGACUGCGACGAUGGUAGUGACGAACCCAACACGAACGCUUGUGGGUCCAAGACGCAAAAAUUCGAAUGUCACGACAAGAAGUCGUCGAUAUGGUCGUCACAGGUGGGCGAUGGUCUGUGUGACUGUUGCGACGGAUCUGAUGAGCCCGUGGAUGUCUUGCUCACUUGUAAGAGACCGAAAUCCUGCGAUUAG